AAUAAGAAAAAGAAGUUUCAGUGUUGUACUUUGACUACUUAAGCACUAGGGCACGACUCUUCACUAAAUCUUAAUCCUAUCACUAAUCACCUUUAAUGCAUGUGUACAAAACAGAAAUGGAUAAAUGAGGUUCGAAAUAAUUGUAUCCAUAUCAUGGAUACAAUUAUAUGUAUCCAAUCCAUAUCAUAUUGAAUAUGUGUCUUAUGAAUCCCUCAGAAAAAGUCCAAGAUUUCCUCAGGACGUCGGCUUGGGUUGAAGAUAAAGAUGCUAAACACAGCCCAGGAGAUGCUCAUAGUAGAGCAGGAAGAAAAGAGGAAAGAGAAAGAGGUCACAUUGAGCGAGAGGGUUCCACCUCUAAAGCUCUCGGGUCUGUCUGUCCAGGAACUGCAGGAUCUUUGCAGGGAUCUACAUCACAAGAUUGAUGUAAUUGAUGAGGAGCGCUACGAUACUGGAGUUAAGGUGUCCAAAAAUGAAAAAGAGAUACAGGAAAUGACCCAUAAGAUCAUCGAGCUGAAGGGCAAAAUGAAGAGGCCUACGCUGAAGAGAGUUAAGAUCUCGGCCGAGGCUAUGCUCAGUGUCCUCCUGGGGGCCAAACACAAAGAGUCCAUCGACUUCAAAGCCAAUCUGAAAACAGUGAAGAAGGAGGAGGAGAAGAAAGAGGAGGUGACUGACUGGCGUAAGAACGUGGAGGCCAUGUCUGGUAUGGAAGGCAGGAAGAAGCUGUUCGAUGCUGGUAAAUAAAAGGGCACUGAUGAACUCAAUAUUUGGUGUCUGAUACUUGGCUUCUGACUGAGAGCUACAUGAAGAUGAUGAUUGAAAAAAAAUUGCUGAAGGUUUUCAUCAAAAUUAGAGUAUGAAGAGCCUAAGUAUUGACUUCUGUUGUGAUGUGAAAUAACAUUAUGAAUUUUUUUUCUUACCUUAUUUUCUAAGGCAUGCUUUUAGAGAACAGUAAUACUUAUUUGUAUAAGCAUACUUUAUAAAUGUUGGAAUUGUAUAUGGAGAUGUAUUAAAAGUAAAAAUGCAUGUGUGUGACGCUAUCUGAUGUUCUUGUAAACUAGACACUGCAGUUCCUGUUUGAACCUAAUGGUGGUGGCCUAAUCCCACUGAGUAAAUCCAGCUGCGUGUUAGAGUCCGGUGCCUCUCAAUGUUCUGUUAAGAAACUAACACACAUGUACUUGAACUUGAAUAUUUAAUUUUGUUAGAAAUUAUGUUAGA